AUGUUUGGCCAAAGCAAAUCACGUAUUGUUUGUGGGCUGAAUGCCCUUGGGAUGAUACUCGGUUAUGUGAAUCUUGGAAUCGCGCAAUCUGCAGACUGGAAGUCCUUCCAAUCCAGGCCCGAUAUCCGCGCUCCUUCAAUCAACGUGAGCAUCAAUGACGCUGGCCUGGUCACACCAGGCUAUAUUUUUAUCGCUCCCUAUCUGAACGAAAGACCAGGACCUUAUAUUUAUACUAGCGAUGGGGACCUCGUUUGGAGUGGAUCAGAUGGCUCAACCACCGAGCUUUUCCAUGAUGUCCAUGUGUGCGAUUUCCAAGGAACCGACCAUCUGUGCUACUUCAAAGGGAAACAAAUCGAGGGCUAUGCAAGAGGCAUAAAUCUGAUCCUCAACAAUGACUAUCAACUCGCUGCAACUGUACAAAGCGGCCAUGGGCUAGAGCCAAGUGACUUGCAUGAGCUAGAAGUCCUCGAUGGGGAACGCAUGCUAUUCACGAUCUACCAGCCAAAGCCAUACGAUCUCUCAGCAUACGGAAUCCAGCCCCCAAACGGGUGGGUCAUGGAUGGUAUGUUUCAGGAGGUUGAUAUCAAGAGCGGAGAUGUGCUAUUCGAAUGGGGGUCCCUUGACCACAUUCCUCUCUCAGAGAGCUACGUUCCCCUAGGAAUCAAUCCAGUCGUGGGAAAUGGAUUGAGCAACCUCACCGCCUGGGACUAUUUCCACAUCAACUCAGUUGACAAAUUCCCCAACGGCGACUACAUUGUUUCCGCCCGACACACUAGCGGCAUCUACCGAAUUUCAGGUGAAAACGGCGCGGUGAUAUGGCAACUAGGCGGAACCAACUCGACCAUCCAAACGACCGACUACAACUUUUCUUCGCAGCAUGAUGCGCGCGUCCACGAAGAAAACAGCACCCAUACUGUGCUGUCGCUAUUCGAUAACGGAAGUAACGGAUACAGAAACACCUCGCUUACAUCGUCUGGUAUGAUCGUCGCGAUCGAUCGCCAAACCAAUACCUCGAACCUUCUCACAAGAUUCCAAGCCCCAGCACCAGGCCUCCGCUCCACCAGCCAAGGAAACACCCAACUACUGUCAAAUGGACAUGCAUUCAUCGGAUGGGGAAGCAACCCGUCUUUUUCAGAGCACACCCCAGACGGAACACCAAUCUACUUUGCGACCUUGACGGACCCUGAUUCGAUGAAUUACCGCGCUUUCAAGUACAAUUGGACCGCGACACCAUCUGAUGCCCCAGCUCUGGCUGCGCAGGCUCCUGCGAAUGGCGCGACUACGUUCUGGGCUAGUUGGAAUGGAGCAACGGACUAUACUAGUUGGAGAUUCUUUGGAGCCAAAUCUGGUUCUGAUCAGUUUGCGCUGCUGGUCACGGUUGGCAAGCAGGGUUUCCAGACUACGUACACAAGUCCUCAGUUUUACUCGCGCGCAUAUGCGGAAGCUAUCGGUUCUGAUGGCUCGAGUCUGAGAAAAUCACCGGUGGUGAAUGUUGCAGUUCCUUCUUGA